AUGGACACUGAGGCCGGUAAAUAUAACAAUAGUCAAGAGACUUCUCCCGGUACUGUCCGACUGCAAGCCCACGAUGACGACCUUGUCCUUUCCCCGCAGCCAUCUUCAGACCCGAACGAUCCUCUGAACUGGGCUCCCUGGAGGAAAUGGCUGCAGAUUGCUCUCCUAGGUCUCUACACGGUCCUGGUAGAUGCAUGUUUGGUGGUUGCAACGCCGAUGUGGGCGGUAAUGAACAAAGAUGUCGGCUUCUCGUAUACCGCCUUGAAUAAUAGCUACGCAGUUGGCACCGGUGCCUUGGCCCUUGGAUGCUUCAUUCUCGUCCCGUUUGCGCUUCGCUACGGCCGGCGACCAAUUUACAUCCUGACUUCGGCUAUCGUGACCGGAAUGGGUGCUUGGUCCGCGAGUAUGACAACUACGGGAGAGUUAUACGCCACUCAGGCCAUAAUGUGCUUCGUCGGUGUCGUUAACGAGACACUAUUCGAGAUUUCGGUCGCAGAUAUGUUCUUCGUCCAUGAGCGUGGUACUUUCAAUGGUAUCUAUUAUGCGAUGGUGGUGAUCGGGAACUUUCUCGCACCUGUGCCAGCGGGCUACGUGACUGCAUCCCAAGGGUGGCGAUGGGGCUAUUGGUAUGUCGCGAUAUUCAAUGGAGCAUUGACUCUAGCCAUGAUAUUCUUAUUGGAGGAGACAAAAUAUGUCCCAAGCGUCGUUAUUGAAGGAUCUCCUAUUGCCGAAAACCAAGAGAGAUCUGAAGAACAAAAUUCAGAGAAAGCCAAACCAGCCCCCAAUGACGGAGUCUCCAGCAAAUCUGAAAACAUCACUGGCUCCCAAAAUCGUCAGCAUAUUGACACCUCAAUUCCAAUCAAGCCGUACUGGAGCCGAAUGAGUCUUAUAACGACAACACCAUCGAACUUACAGCAUGAAAACCACAACUUUGCAAGACAUUUCUGGCAGCCAUUUGUUGUUCUCUGUCUCUUCCCCGCUAUCGCCUUUGGUGCCCUCCAAUGGGGCUUUGCCUUUUCCUCCUUAUCAGUCAUGCUGGUUACCCAGGCAGCUUUCUACCCGGCUCCUCCUUACAAUUUCAGCCCCAUCGGAGUUGGAAAUGUUAUCAUUGCACCUGCAAUCGGCGGCAUCUUAGGUUCUAUAGUUGGAGGGAUUGCGACUGAUUGGCUUAUUUUGAAACUAGCCAGACGGAACGAGGGCAUAUAUGAGCCUGAGAUGCGGCUCCAGAUGUUCAUUGUGCCGGGCAUUGCGUUACCGCUUGGAAUAUUCAUGUAUGGCCUAACAAUCACCACGGGUCUUCCUUGGAUCAUCAACUGUGUCGGCGCCGGGUUUGUUGGAUUUGGGGUCGGAGGCUGUGGAACGAUUGUGGUCACAUACAUCCAGGAUUCCUACAGCAAGAUUAUUGGCGAUGGUUUCGUCGGAGUCACGUUCGUGCGGAAUCUCCUCGCUACAAUCCUUGUAUUCGCCGUUCCCCCGUGGGAGGCCGGAAUGGGCGAUUACAACAUGUUUGUUCUUUUGGGAUGCUUAGCUGUGCUCGUCAUUGCGACUUAUGUUCCUAUGCUGAUCUGGGGAAAGAGGUGGCGCCGUCAAUGUGCGUCACGGUAUGAGUUUUAUGCCCGUCGGCAAUAUGAAACCCGCCCUGAGUGA